GGCCGGCAGGGAUAAGUGACGCUCAUUCGACCUAUGCCGGCAACGCGAAGGUCAAAAGAAACGCUCGAACACCGAUUACAACGUGGCACAGUGAGGCCCGCCGGCCGGCACGAUAUAUCUCCCACCGUCGGCGUCUCGACGCCACUGCGGUACCGGAUAUAUUAUUUUUUUUUAUAUAGUGGCAGCAACAGCUGCGGUUCACCAAAAUACCAGAGCCGCGGCCCCUCGCUGUUGUUGUUUUUGUUGUUGUGGUCGCCGUCGUCCUCGUCCUCACCGUUGAUGUCGCCGCCGCCGCCGUUGUUGACAAUGUUGACAUUUCGCCGGACAGUUGUGUGCGUCGCGGAAGAGAUUCGAUAAUAAUAAUAGUUAGAAAAACGUUUAUUUUUUGUUUUUAUUUUUUUCCAUUUUCUCGUACACUACCCGUCUGUUUUGUACCAUGGAUAUCUAUGACAUUAUGACGACGCAUGCGGAGUGCUCGAUGAAAAUAUAAAUAUUACGUUAUCUUUCUCCACCGUCGCGGUGUGGUGUGUGCAUGCACGAUAUUGAACAUUCCGUGCACAUUGCGAUCCGAACGCGUGCAACGCAGUAAACAACAUCAACCCGUAGCCGCCACUAGGUCGUCUUGUUUUUACUUUUUUUUUUCAAUUUUCUCUCGCUCCCUCUCACUCACUCAUUCGUCGUGUCCCGUUCGACGUCUAACAACAUGAAGCACCACUGUUGGCCGGGUACCAGAUUUUCAAGACUGAAUAAAUAUUAUUGAACAUUAAAACUAAUAUAUCGAAAAGUCACAAAAACUAAAAACAACUUUGUAUUGUACUUAGUGUCAAAAAACCACAAGUUUAUAUAAAUAAUUUAAUCCUUAAACUACAAAAAUGUCUUUUCUUGUUAUGUGAUAUAUCAAAAAAUGUCCAGAAAGCUAUUAACUGACGAACAACGAGAGCAAUCAAGAAAGCGUCGUUUAGAAUGUGAUCGUGAACGACAACGAAGAAGACGUUUAGAUCCAGAAUCAAGAGCCAUAGAAAGAGGAAAAAAUACUAUUGCUAAAAGACUCUCCAGAGCUAAAGGUCUUUAUGAAGAUAAGAUUAAUAAUCUGUUUUCACUUCCCAAUAUGAACUGUAAUAAUUUAUCAUUGUUUCACAAAAAAAAAUUUGUGGAUUUAGAAAAACAUAAUCAAUUAAAAAAGGAAAGAGAAAAAGAAAAACAACAUAAAAGAAGAAUGAAUCCUGAAUUCCGUACUAGAGAACAUGCACGAAACAAAAUAUUGAAAAUAAUUGCUCGACAAAAACGUUAUUAUGUGGGAGAGGUAGUGAGUUGUGAUUGUUGCGGUGAACCAAUAGAAAGUGACCAUAUAUGUUUUUCCAAUAUACUAUCAAUUGAACUCUACAAAAUUGAUGUUAGCAAUAGUACCAUAAAAAAAAGGCAUAAAUGGUACUUAUGAUAGCUAACAUUUUUUUUAUUUAAUUUUUUUUUUUUUUGCAAACCUUAAUUUUUAUUUUAUUUUAUUUUUUAAUAUCCAAA